AUGUUGCAGGAGUUGCAGUGCGGCGAGAACAACGGUGGCAGUAGUAGUGUGAAAGCUCAACAAAGUACUACUGCUGCUGAAGCGCGUAACGAUAAUCGAGUAGAUAAUUGCGUGCAGCCGAAGAGUAAAAAAGAGCUGCGCCAAGAGCGCAAAAAACGCAAACUGCUCGGCCUAUCCGCGCUGAUGAUGUUGAACGAGCAGGACGGUAUCGGCAAGCAUCAUAGAAGCAUAAAGAAGAAUCCAUCAUCACUGGCCCAAGAAUCCGACAACAACAAUCUGCAACAGGUGGAAAGCGGUUUAAACGGACACACCACCCCGGUGAACGGUAACGAACAGCAACAGUUGAAACAGAUACUAGCCAAAAAUCGAACCGCGUACAAUAUUGACGAAGAGUGCAACGAACACGAACUAACGAUAGUCGAUGCUAAGCGGCGGAAGGCAGUGAACGGAGACGCGGCAGCGAUUCACGAUAACAACGCCGCAGGUGGUGGUGUUGGGAAACCGUCACCAGUUGUCGAGUGCCGUACACUUGCUGUCGAUAAAAGCAGUACUACACUUCAUCCCGAUUCCGAGUACCGUGCGCUGAAGGCGUUCGUAAAUCAGCGAAAAAGCAUGCGCUAUACACCGCGCAUCAUGCUGAAACCGAUCGGGCAGAAUGCACUGCUCGAUCGUAACCAGCGAACGGAGGAACGGAUUCCGCUGCUGCUAGACGACAUCCAGGCACUGCUAAUGCAAACGUUUCUGCGCACCGAUUCGCCGGUCACACCGCGCUGGGUAUCGAUCGACAAGAGCACCAAACUUACGCACACGACCGUGCUGAUUGUGGAGGGAUUUUCGUGCGAAGAUUUCGUUACCUACCGGGAGCAUAUGCCGAACUGCUCGGAAAACAUAUUCGGACCCCAGCUGACACUGCAGGUGGUGUGUCCGUGGUCGAAAAUACUGGAAGAGAUCGCUUGCGUGCCGUUAAGCGACAGCCACAAAGAUGUACUGGUGGCUGAGUAUGGCUCACUGGAGGCAGCCAUGCGCAUGUGCAAGGAUCAGAUGCUGGUGCGGAAGAGUAUCUUUCGCAACAUCGGACCAACGGUUCCGUUGUCGAACUACAGUGACGUGGAUUUGCCGCCCGGUGAUAUGUUCCCGCGAACGUUGCUGCUGCUUUCUCCGAUACAGAUGAUUAACGAAGGCUACCCACUGCCCUUGGCUGGAACGCUGGAGAACAGGUACAAAGACUAUGUAACAACAAACGAUUGCUACCAACCGGUCAAUCCACGCUCGCCCCUGUUCGGUAUCGAUUGUGAAAUGUGUGGCGGCCGUGGUGAUAAGUCGCUGUUGACGCGCGUUUCCGUAAUUGACGAGAGUGGCAAGUUGGUGUACGAUGAGUUGGUAAAGCCAGGCGAAAAAAUCUACGACUAUCGUACCGCGUUCUCCGGCAUUACGGCCGAAAUGCUACGGCCCGUCCGUACCACGCUGGCGGAUGUGCAGCGCGAUCUGCGUAAGCUACUGCCGCCGGACGCCAUACUGGUCGGCCAUUCGCUGAACAGUGAUCUGGAUGCGCUGAAAAUGCUGCACCCGUACGCAAUCGACACGAGCAUCAUCUACAACGUAACUGGCAAUCCGAUGCACAAGCAAAAGCUACGCAUCCUCGCCAAAAAGUUUCUCAACGAAGACAUCCAAACUGGCAAGGAUGGUCACUGUUCGGCGGAAGAUUGUUCCGCCAGUUUGCGCCUUGUUCAGCUGAAGUUGGCGAACAGCAUCUACUUCGGCGAUCAGUGGCUCGAGGAUCGACGCAACUACCACAGCUUCCAGGUGAGGGAUGGACGUAACGGUAUCGCCCAGGAAACGGCACACCAGCCGGUGGCAGCCAGUUCGCAGCAAUCGCUAAUAAUGGCGACCCUAUUUUCGCACGCGAAAAAGCGCAACAAAGUGUCCGUUAUCACCACCAACGCAAAGGAGGAGCUGCAAACUUUCCAGGAGUACUUCGGCACGACAAUUCCGGCGUCCCGUGGUAAAAAGCAGACCGCGCAACAACAGUGGCUAUCACUGUGCCGGACGUCGUCGCCGGAGGAAACGAUUGUCACGACGGCAAACAAUUGCUUGGAGUAUGAUUUUAAUCUCGCGUAUGUGCGGCUAUCGGACGAGUAUCAAACCGCCACCAGGCUGAAUCUUGCAAAACAGAUCGACGGUUGGGUGGGCCGGCUGCAUGAGGCACUAUCCCUGAAUGGGUUGCUGCUGGUACUGUUGGUCGGUGGGAAAGAGGUUGGAGAGAUGAGCUUGGGUACGCGCACUGCCGUUGCCAUGGUGCAAACAAAGAAACCGUCAAAAUGA